UGGUGUGGUUUCUUUCUCUCCAUAGUGCUAAAAUUAAAAAUAUAAUUUCCACGGAGGAUGCCAAGGCCCGUCUGCUGGCAGAGCAGCAGAAUAAGAAGAAAGACAGCGAGACCUCCUUCGUGCCUACCAACAUGGCUGUGAAUUACGUGCAGCACAACAGAUUUUAUCAUGAAGAGCUCAAUGCACCCAUACGGAGAAACAAAGAAGAGCCCAAGGCCCGGCCCUUGAGAGUAGGCGACACGGAGAAGCCAGAGCCUGAACGGUCCCCUCCUAACCGCAAGCGUCCUGCUAACGAGAAGGCAACUGAUGACUAUCAUUAUGAGAAGUUCAAGAAAAUGAAUAGGCGGUACUGAGCUGUGCAGAGUGGGAUGUAAAUAGCGCCUUCCUCUCCCUAUAUCCCUCCCAUGAAACAUGGCUUCCUGGCCGGGCAUGGUGGCUCAGGCCUGUAAUCCCAGCACUUUGGGAGGCCAAGGUGGGCAGAUCACCUGAGGUCAGGAGUUUGAGACCAGCCUGACAAACAUGGAGAAACCCUGUCUCUACUAAAAAUACAAAAAAGUUAGCCGGGCGUGGUGGCACAUGCCUGUAGUCCCGGCUACUCGGGAAGCUGAGGCAGGAGAAUCACUUGAACCCGAGAGGCAGAGGUUGCGGUGAGCCGAGAUUGCACCAUUGCACUCUAGCCUGAGCAACAAGAGCGAAACUGUCUCAAAAAGAAAAGAAAAAUGGCUUCCUGGACAGAGCAUGCUCAUUUGCUAGUGAACAGUUCCAGAAACAGGCCUUAUUAGUCCUUCUGUUUACCUGCUGGAUUUUUCAGGCACUAAAUUUAUAACUUUUUGAAACGAAACAAUGUGUAAUUUUCCAUUUGGGGGCAAACUCUAUUCUUGUGAGCAUUAUUAAAUCUUGUUUGUAAAUAUAUUGUCUUUCUCUUAGUAUUUGCUCUGGGUCAGGAAGAAACUGUUCACGGUGUGAUAAUACCCUUUAGAUUGUGCUUUCCUUAUUAUAGAUGUAUCAUGUCUUCUGCUUUCACAUAUCUGGGAUGGGGUCAGAAAUGCAUCCUCCAUUGAUUAGAGUGGGUCCAACUGACAGAAAAAUCUAGGAUGAGAUCAGAAGGAUACUGGUGUUUUCUGACUUUUACAAAAUUACUUGUUUGUUUUCAUUAAAAAAGAAAAAGCAUAAACUAUGUUUCUUAUUACUAUUAGAAUUUAAUUAUUAAAUUUCAAAAUGAAUCCAA